CAGGGAUGUGUAGGUUAGGUGCAUAAAUCAGAGGUAAAACGUAGAAUUAUAGGGUAGGGGAUAGGUCUGGGUGGGUUACUCUUUGGAGGGUCAGCGUGGACUUGUUGGGCCGGAGGGUCUGUUUCCACACUGUAGAGAUUCUAUGAUUAAUCGAAUGGGGGGGUAAGAAUAUGUCAUUGAAAACGUUAACAAAGUGUGUAGGCAUAAAUUCAAACUGUCAGUAUUUUAGCAGUUAUUAAUUCAACAGUAAUAUGCCCACUUAACAUAGCAGUUUGUCUGAUGUACCGUAUUCAACUGCCAGCCACAGUAAUAUAGUUGGAUAGUGCUAGGAAAGAUCUUCUUGUAAUGCGGUCAUUGUUAGUUUCAAAAAUAAAUAUGUCUUUCUGACCAUUUGACUAAACCAGAUUUUACUGUGGCUUAAUUGCAGUAACAAAACUGCAACUUUAAUACAUUACUUUGUUUCCACGAAAGUUUUGUUUCUUUUUUUUUUAAAUGCAGGUGGGAACUCACAAUAAAGCGUGGUUCACUGCCGGAAUUUUUGUGUUUAUGACAAUUCCAAUAUCACUUUGGGGUAUCUUGCAGCACCUAGUGCAUUACACUCAGCCAGAAUUACAGAAACCAAUAAUAAGGAUCCUAUGGAUGGUUCCCAUUUACAGUUUAGACAGUUGGAUAGCCUUGAAGUAUCCUCAUAUCGCAAUAUACGUCGAUACGUGUCGAGAAUGCUAUGAAGCAUAUGUCAUCUAUAACUUCAUGAUCUUCCUACUGAACUAUUUGACAUAUCAGCACCCAAAUUUAGUGAUUCUGCUUGAAGCUAAAGAUCAACAGAAACAUCUACCUCCUCUCUGCUGCUGCCCCUCUUGGCACAUGGGCGAGGUGUUGCUGUUCAGAUGCAAGCUUGGAGUUUUGCAGUACACUGUUGUUAGACCAUUUACAACCAUAAUUGCAUUAAUCUGUGAACUCGUUGGAGUGUAUGAUGAAGGGAAUUUCAGCUUCAAAAAUGCUUGGACAUAUUUGGUUAUAAUUAACAACCUUUCGCAAAUCUUUGCCAUGUAUUGCCUUGUGCUGUUUUAUAAAGUGCUGCGAAAUGAAUUGAACCCAAUUCAACCAGUGGGCAAGUUUCUUUGUGUGAAACUGGUUGUAUUCGUAUCUUUCUGGCAAGCUGCUUUGAUUGCUUUACUUGUGAAAGUUGGCAUAAUUUCUGAGAAACAUACGUGGGACUGGGAAAGUGUGGAAGCUGUUGCUACUGGCCUGCAGGAUUUUGUGAUUUGUAUUGAAAUGUUUUUUGCUGCGAUUGGUCAUCAUUAUAGUUUUUCCUACAAGCCCUAUGUCCAAGAAGCUGAAGAAGGCUCCUGCUUGGAUUCUUUUUUUGCCAUGUGGGAUAUCUCUGACAUCAGAGCAGAUAUAUCAGAGCAAGUACGGAAUGUGGGGAGGACAGUUUUGGGUCGACCAAGGAAAACGAAUGUUGGUGUAGAAGAAGAGCACAAUGAGCACACCAGCCUUCUGUCUUCAGCAAGCCAGGACCUGAACUCUGAUACUCCAUCCCUCCCACCUUCUCCACUGGGACAUUACCAAGGAUUUGGACAAACACAUGCAGUUCUUGCAUCUCAUCCCACAUCUGUUUCAGAACCAAAUGACUCCUUCGAUAAUUUAGCCAAAGUGAAAGAAAUUGAAGACUCCUUAAAUCCGCUGCCUAACAAUUCAGCGUGAAGCUGAUCAGGAUGUAUAUUGGUACUUCAACUAUUCACCUCCUACAUUCCUUUGAGGUCAUUGUUCUGUUGGUACCAUAGAUAAUUAUACUGAAUAGUACGGAUGAUCUCUAUUUGAGACUUAAAGUUUAGAAAUCUAAUACUAUUAAGAAAGCUGACGAGGAAUGAGGAGGAGUACUGACUAAAUAGAUGCACAAAAUUCUGAAAUUCAUAAAACAAUUUUAAGUAUAACAAUCUGCCAGUGAUGUCAAAAUAUUGGUUAGAGCAUUAUAGGAUCCAUCAACAUGCAGAAGUCUCAAAUUACUAGUUAACGAGCAUUGUUAAAUCUGAAGUGAAUUUUAAUAGUCCUGUGUUACUGCAGCAACCAGUAUAUUUUUAAAAAUUUCUUGGGUUGUGGGCAUCACCGGUUAGCUAGUACCUGUCUCCCAUCCCCAUCACCGGUUAGCUAGUACCUGUCUCCCAUCCCCAUCACCGGUUAGCUAGGACCUGUCUCCCAUCCCCAUCACCGGUUAGCUAGGACCUGUCUCCCAUCCCUAUUGCUGUUGAAUGUGGUGGUGAACUACCUUCUUGAAUUGCUCAAAUGAAAUAAAAGUCACUCGAAUGAGACAGCAGCUCGUGGUCCUCUGAGACUAGAGGGAGAUGACUGGUGUGAUUAUUGAGGAUCAUUAUACCUGAGGUGAGGGCCAAGGUUGAGGAGGUAGGGCCUUGGUGACGUUCACUGGUGUAGAAAUCAAAUCUAUGCUGUUGGCAUCAGGCUGCGUCACAAACCAGUUGUCCAGUCAACUGAGCAAUGGUUUAGGCUACACUCUCCAUGCUGCUAAGAGGGGAUUUCCAGGAUUUUGACCCUGUGACAGUGAAGUAACAGCGUUAUAUUUCCAAGUCUGGAUAGUGCUUGUUCUGGACACUAUGCAACUGUUCCACUGGAUGUUUGAGAUGUUGGAAGGUGUUGUUCUUCAUAAAUACCGUUCAUUUGUAUUCAACCUUAAAUUGCUUGAGCCUUUUAACCCCUUUUUGAUGCAAUACUCAUUUGUUAAAACUGACUAAGCAAUUGUCUGUCCUUCCUACUUAUCACUUGCAAACAGUAACAAAAUUAAACUGAUAAGGUGAUAAGACUCUUGCACAAAUAAUGCUUGCUAGAAAAUUGAAGUGAGCACAAUUAAAGCAAACCAAAAUUUGAACCAAAGUAGGAAUUGCUAGAGAAACUUCACUCACUGGAUUUGAAACAGUAACUCUCCUUUCUCUUAUGCUGCCAGACCUGCUGAGUUUCUCCAACAAUUUCUGUUUUUGCUAAGGAAUAAUAAAUAUCAGGAAUAUUCCACACUAGGUUAGUAGGGUGGAGCAUGGCAACUGGGGUCAGUAAAGAUCAGUUUUAUUUGAUUUUAAAAAAAAACUUCAUUUUUCCUGUACCAGCUGGUUACUUUUACCCAUGUUUUACUGUAAUUCAACCUGAAUUUUAGAACAUAAAGUUGUACUGGCUAAUCUGGAAAUACAGGGUACCGGGGUGGUGGGAUCCCAAUACUGCACAUUUAACAGGCACCACAUUUAAAAAAAAAAUUUUUUGAGUUUCUUAGGUGACUUAUCCACAAGAUUUCAAAUUUUAAUGACAGGCUUGAGUAAGCUCCUGACACAUUACAUCAGAUUAUUUAUAACUCCUGGCAUUGCAAUUGUGUAAAGUAGAAACAUUUAGCUAUAUGCUGAUGUUACAGGAGAAGUUUUUGAUUUCAUAGUGGACCACUUUGGCAUAUAAUUGCUGUAUUUUGAGGGGCUUUUGGGAAGUUGUGCAUCAUGCUUAAAGAUUGAUGAUCCAUUUGCAUUUAUAACCAGUGUCGGCUGGACGUGAGCAAUGUAGGUAACUUGAUAUCCAAUCAGUGUUUCUCUUUUCUCGAAAGGUUAAACACAGACAUCAAACCUGAUUUCUGGAAAGAGUAAUUGGAGUUUUAGAAUUAGAAGUACUCUGCCACUGGGAUGCUAAAGAAAGAGAAGUUGUAUUUAAUGCAGAACCAUAGAAUUUAUAAUCCACAUUUUAAGAGAGAGGCUGUGAUGAUCUUACCAGCGAUGCAUACAUCCCUUGGAUGAAUUAAGAAAAUUCCUCCGCUGAUGGGAAUUUUUACUAAUAGUGCACUCUCAAGUAAAGCUCUCCCUAUCAAUCCCAAGAGCACAAGCUUGGCUUGGCGUACAGUUCACUCUAGGACUGAGGAAGUACUGCAGUGUCAGAUGUACUGUCAGUUAAGAUGCUAAGUCCAAAUCCAAGCUGUCCUUUUGGAUGAUGUAAAAGUCCCCAUGACAGUUGCCACAAAAGCCAUUUGUCAAAUAUUGUGGUUAUGAAAAGAUCACUUUUAAAUGUGAUUUGUUUGAAAAAUUGUACAAGAAAACAAAACAUUUAUUGCAUUUUAAACAUAGUCCAAAGUGUAUUUUCUGUAAGACCUGACUCCAAACAAUAAUUACAGCAGUGUGUAGCAGAUCUCACGUCAGUGGCAUUUCAAAUUAUCGACUGUCUUAUGUCAAAACAUGCAAUUUUGUGACUAACAGCAGGAAAUGGAUCCAAGCUGCAUCAAUCAAAUUACUGAAAACAAACUUGUGGCUCCUGCAUCUUUCAAGUUAAAAUGGGUUGUCUGUACUCAUGCUUUUUGUUUGAGACAAAGUUAACUUGUCACUUGUACAUUUAUGCUGAAAAUGUGUUGCUGGAAAAGCGCAGCAGGUCAGGCAGCAUCCAAGGAAUAGGAGAAUCGACGUUUCGGGCAAAAGCCCUUCAAACUCCUUUUGGACUGAUCCCUAUCCAAAAUUAAUACCAUUUUGAUACAUCUGAGCCAUCUAAGCACCAAAUAUUUAUCAGGUGUGUUAUAAUGCUGGGCUGCUAAGGAAAUUUAACCAAUUGGAGGUUUUUGCACUAAUUACUGUAAUUUGGAAAAGGUACUGUAUCAAUUGGAAGUGUAUCUUUAUUCUGGAAGUUGUUUUAUCAAGAUGAUUUAUUCAUCUGUCCAGAAAUCAAAAUGGAAUUAUGACUAUAAAUAUUAAACCAUUAGGUUCACUGCAAGUUGAAUAAAUGGCCUUUAUGUAAAUCAAACGCAACGCCACUAAAAUUUCCUAUUUUUUGAAUAGUAUGUUCAAUAUUGUACAGUUACAUUUUAAUUUUACUUGUUAAACUGUAACAUAGCACUUAAACCUGGAACAAAAGUUACCAAUUGCUUAAUAAACAUGGAUCAUGUGAAA